UCACAUCACAUUCACGUCAUCAAUUUGUGUUUUACUCGGUCUGUAUAAUUCGGGUAAAAAUGUUGUGAAACAUUGAACCCCUGUUAUUAUUUUUAGCAUGAUGCAGUCUGCAGUCGCUACCGGAAGUUGUUGAUAAAAGGUGAUAUUUACUGUUUGCUAGAGAAAGAUGGAGCACAUCACACUGCCGAAGGUGGAAAAGGUCCAGCUAGUGGACAGGGGCUAUUCUCUUAGGACUCGAGUUGGAACCCUGUAUUUAACAGCCUUUCAUACAGUGUUUGUGGAUGAUGAGGCUGAGGAUCUCAGUGAACUCUGGGUGCUACAUAGUCUGGUGUGUAAUAUAAAGAAACAAAGCAGUACUUCUUUAGGAUAUCCAAUUCUCAUUCAAUGCAAGAAUUUUCAGAUUUUUCACCUUAUCAUCCCACAAGAGAGCGACUGCAACAAUGUUUUUACAUCACUCUUACGACUCUCCAGGCCAGAGCAAUAUGAAGAGCUUUAUUGUUUUUCUUUCAAGCCUAAUUUCAACAAGGCUGAGAGGGACAAAAACUGGGACUUUAUAAACUUAAAGGCAGAAUACAGUCGGAUGGGAUUGCCUAAUAAAUUAUGGCAUGUCACCUCUAUCAACCGAGAAUACAGGGUAUGUGACACUUACCCCGCUGACUUGUUUGUGCCCAGAUCAGCCCCACUACCUGUCAUCAUUGGGAGCUCCAAGUUUCGCAGCAAGGGACGAUUUCCUACGUUGUCAUACUACUGCAAAGAAACUCAAGCAGCCAUAUGUCGCAGCAGCCAGCCUCUGUCAGGCUUCAGUGCCCGCUGCUUAGAGGAUGAACAGAUGCUCGAGGCCAUCAUGAAGUCCAACCCCAACAGCAGGUUUCUGUAUGUCGUGGACACCAGACCUAAGCUCAAUGCAAUGGCAAACCGGGCUACAGGAAAGGGCUAUGAAAAUGAGGACAAUUACACCAAUAUAAAGUUUCAGUUUAUUGGCAUUGAAAAUAUCCAUGUGAUGAGGAACAGUCAGCAGAAACUGAUUGAAGUGUCUGAUCUUUGGUCCUCAUCCAUGGGGGAAUUCAUUUCGGGCCUGGAAAAUUCUGACUGGUUAAAACACAUCAGAUCAAUAUUGUCAGCUGGAAUCUUUGUUGCUAAGGCUGUGGCAGAGGAAGGCAUCAGCGUCUUGAUCCACUGCUCCGACGGUUGGGAUCGGACAGCUCAAGUGUGCUCCAUAGCCAGUGUGCUUCUUGACCCUUACUACAGGACUCUUAAGGGUUUCAUGGUGCUGAUUGAAAAAGACUGGAUUUCAUUUGGACACAAGUUUUCUCAUAGGUACAGCCACCUAAAUGGAGACCCCAAAGAAGUGUCCCCUGUAAUUGACCAGUUCUUGGAGUGUGUGUGGCAGCUUAUUGAGCAGUUUCCCUGUGCCUUCGAAUACAACGAGAGAUUCCUUAUCAGCAUCCACAGUCACAUUAACUCAUGCCAUUAUGGCAACUUCAUUUGCAACAGUGAAAAAGAGAGGAAAAAUCUGUGCAUUAGAGAAAAGACUCACUCCAUCUGGCCUCAUUUGUGGAAGAAUAAAGGGGACUACGUGAACCCUCUGUUCAGAACAGACCACAGUCAGACCCAAGGAGUUCUGCAUCCUAUUACUUCCCCCUACUGUUUCAAGUUCUGGAGCGGUUUGUACAAUCAAUUUGACCGUCGUUUGCACCCCCGUCAGUCUGCUCUUGAGUGCCUAGUGACUGUUAAAGAGAAAAAUCAGCAGCUAGAAGAAGACCUGGCUAUUUGUGAGCAGAAACUGGCUGCAUUGGCUAAGGAUCCAUUGAAAGGCCUCUGUGUGAAAAAGCAUGUGCCAUUGUACAUAAACCUGGCCAACAUACCUCAGGACUACAAUGGGGGAUUUUUUGGCACUGACCCUAAAGUUUUGCAUCUGUUUGGAGAUAAACCAAAAAGCUCAGACCAAGAGUCAAGAGAAGCACAUUUCAAGUGUCAUUCCUCAAGCAUUGGCAACGACUUUACAAAUAAAGACGGAGUCAAGGAUCUUGACGCAGACAAAAAUGCCUUCAGUGCAGCCUAAAAUUUGGGCAAGUGAAAAAUAAAAGCCAUAUACUGUACAGUAAAAAGAAUGUAUCUAACUAUACAAAGAAUAUGUUAAUUCCAUGUAUGCAUUAGAUUUCUGUUGUUCACUUAGUACUCCGUAAGUCUUUGUGCCUGUAUUUCUGUUAUUGAAGGCCAGUGUUGUGAUUUGUUUAAAUGGUUUCAAAUUUGCAUGAAGGAAUUCGUGUUAAAAACAUGCACGUUGCAAAAUACCUCAGAAUGUUAGUAUAUUUAUUUAUACUAUGACCGUAAAGUCAAAACAUGAGACUAAGAAAGCAAACACAGUUGAUAUUUCUGUAACCAGUUUGUAAUUUUCAUAUUUAGACGCUGCCAGGUUAUAUUCAGCCUAGAUAGUAAAUAACACUCCUUUUGUUCAGAAUACAGGUCAGUAUGUUUACAAAUUGAGUCUAAUACACUGGGAAAUAUUUUAAAUAUAUCUGAGUAAAAAAAUUUAAACACUGGACCAAAGCAAUUAGAACUAAUUAUUAAGCAUUUCUACUCACUGCUUUGAAUAACUGUAUGAGUAUCACUAUAAAUUAGUUUAUUGACGCUGAGUAGUUGAAAAUGUAGUUCUGCCAAACACAUGAAAGCUUAAAUUAUACAUUACCUAAAAGUUUUUGAAAGGACUGUCUAAGUGUACAAGGUCACACUUAACAAUUGCAAUGUUACCUAAAUGUUAAUAAAUUAUGGGAAUUUUA